AUAGCAUUCAUGAUCAUGAUCUGCAGUUGCUGAGGGGGAAAAAGAAAGUUAUUUUAGUGUUUACUAUGUUUUUGAUCCUUUGAAACCACUUGGGAUUGGAUUAAAAUUGUGAAGAAUGGUUGGUGCCAGGCGAAGAAAGCAGCAUUUUAGCCGAAUACAUGCUUUCUCAUGUGGGAAAGCAUCUUUCAGAGGUGAUCAUUCAUUGAUAGGAGGGCCUGGCUUCUCAAGGGUUGUAUAUUGCAAUGACCCUGAAUGUUUUGAGGCCAGUCUUCACAACUACAACGACAAUUAUGUUCGGAGUACAAAGUAUACGCUAGCGACCUUCUUUCCGAAAUCGUUGUUCGAGCAAUUCAGGAGGGCUGCCAAUUUUUAUUUUCUCAUAUGUGCUGUUCUGGCUUUUACACCACUCUCUCCUUACUCUGCUGUUAGCAAUAUUCUUCCAUUAGUUGUUGUUAUAGGAGCUACUAUGGGAAAAGAGGCCGUCGAAGAUUGGAGACGGAAAAAACAGGACAUUGAGGUCAACAACCGGGAAGUUAAAAUGCAUCAAGGUGAUGGUGUUUUUGAACAUACAAAAUGGAUGGAUUUGAAAGUUGGAGAUAUAGUGAAGGUGGAAAAGGAUGAAUUCUUUCCUGCAGAUCUCAUUUUGCUCUCAUCAAGUUAUGAGGAAGCUAUUUGCUAUGUUGAAACGAUGAACCUCGAUGGUGAAACCAAUUUGAAACUAAAACAAGCAUCGGAUGUAACAUCAAGUUUGCAUGAGGAUUCAAGCUUUCAGAAUUUUAAAGCUGUCAUCAGAUGUGAAGACCCGAAUGCGAAUCUGUACUCUUUCGUUGGUAGUUUGGAACUUGGAGAUGAACAACAUCCUCUAUCUCCUCAGCAGCUUUUACUUAGGGACUCCAAAUUACGGAACACGGAUUAUAUCUUCGGUGUAGUUAUCUUCACAGGCCGUGACACAAAGGUCAUUCAAAAUUCAACAGAACCUCCUUCGAAGAGAAGCAAGGUCGAGAAGAGGAUGGAUAAGAUUGUGUACUUUCUGUUUGCUGUCCUAGUUGUGCUGUCGAUUAUCGGGUCGAUUUUCUUUGGCAUAGAGACUAGAGAGGACCUUGAAAAUGGAGUAAUGACCAGAUGGUACCUUAGACCGGAUGAAACAACAAUUUAUUAUGACCCGAAGAGGGCAGCAGUAGCAGCAAUUUUGCAGUUUUUGACAGCCCUCAUGCUGUAUUCAUAUUUGAUUCCUAUUUCCUUGUAUGUAUCCAUUGAAAUUGUCAAAGUUCUCCAGAGUAUUUUCAUCAACCAAGAUCUGCACAUGUACUAUGAAGAAGCCGACAAGCCAGCACGUGCUCGGACCUCGAAUCUAAAUGAAGAACUUGGCCAGGUUGACACUAUACUUUCUGAUAAAACUGGAACUUUGACUUGCAAUUCCAUGGAAUUUAUCAAAUGUUCUAUAGCUGGAACAUCUUAUGGUCAUGGAAUCACCGAAGUUGAAAGAGCUCUCGCCUGGAGAAAGGGUUCGCCUUUGGCUCAAGAGGUAGCAGUGGUCGAGGGCCAAGUAAAGGAGGAGAACAAGGAAGAAAAGCCGGCUGUCAAAGGGUUUAAUUUUGUGGACGAAAGAAUCAUGAAUGGUAAUUGGCCAAACGAACCUCAUGAUGAUGUAAUCCAGAAGUUCUUACGACUAUUGGCUAUCUGUCAUACUGCAAUACCUGAGGUGGAUGAAGAAACUGGUAGAAUUUCCUAUGAAGCUGAAUCACCAGACGAGGCAGCAUUUGUGGUUGCAGCUAAAGAACUGGGAUUCGAGUUUUAUGAAAGGACACAAACAAGCAUUUCAUUAUACGAGUUCAAUCUCUCUGGGAAAAAAGUCAAAAGAUCUUAUGACCUAUUGAACAUCUUGGAGUUUAGUAGCUCGAGAAAGAGGAUGUCUGUGAUUGUGCGGAAUGAGGAGGGCAAGCUGCUGCUACUUUGUAAAGGUGCAGACAGUGUCAUGUUCGAAAGACUUGCAAAGAAUGGACAAGAAUUUGCAGAGCAAACCAAGGAGCACAUUGAAGAAUAUGCUGAUGCUGGUUUAAGGACUUUGGUACUUGCAUACCGUGAAAUAGACGAGGAAGAAUAUGUUAAGUUCAAUGAGGAAUUCACGGAAGCCAAGAAUGUAGUGAGCGCAGAUCGGGAGGAAAUGAUCGAGGAAGUGGCGGAGAAAAUCGAGAGGGAUUUGAUUCUUCUUGGUGCUACAGCUGUUGAAGACAAACUUCAAAAUGGGGUUCCGGAAUGCAUCGACAAACUUGCACAAGCCGGGAUCAAGAUAUGGGUUUUGACAGGAGAUAAGAUGGAGACUGCCAUUAAUAUUGGCUUUGCCUGUAGUUUGCUUAGACAAGGAAUGAAGCAAGUUGUAAUAAAUUCUGAGACUCCGGAAAACAAGGCAUUGGAGAAAUCUGGGGAUAAAACCGCUGCUGCAGCGGCAUGCAAGGCAAGCGUUAUCCAGCAGAUAGCUGAAGGGAAGCAGCUGCUUGCUUCAUCGAAUGAAAAUUCCGAGGCAUUGGCUUUGAUUGUCGAUGGAAAAUCAUUAACGCAUGCUCUGGAAGAUGAUGUCAAAGAUAGUUUCCUAGAACUUGCUAUUGGAUGUGCAUCCGUUAUUUGCUGUCGUUCAUCUCCUAAACAGAAGGCUCUAGUUACAAGACUGGUUAAAACUAAAACGGGAAGUACAACUCUGGCAAUCGGUGAUGGAGCAAACGAUGUCGGUAUGCUUCAAGAAGCCGAUAUUGGAGUUGGUAUCAGUGGUGUAGAAGGAAUGCAGGCUGUCAUGUCAAGUGACAUCGCGAUUGCUCAGUUCCGAUAUUUGGAGCGCUUGCUUCUUGUGCACGGGCAUUGGUGUUACAGGCGGAUUUCAUCCAUGAUAUGCUAUUUCUUUUACAAGAAUAUUGCUUUUGGUUUCACUAUCUUCUUCUUCGAGAUAUACGCAUCAUUCUCCGGACAAGCUGUAUACAACGAUUGGUUUCUGUCCCUCUAUAAUGUCUUCUUCACAUCACUUCCGGUGAUCGCUCUUGGAGUUUUCGACCAAGACGUCUCAUCCCGUUUGUGUCUUAAGUUUCCUCUAUUAUAUCAAGAAGGCAUACAGAAUGUCCUAUUUAGCUGGCUUAGGAUCCUCGCAUGGGCGUUUAACGGAGUUCUAAGUGCUACAAUCAUCUUCUUCUUCUGCAUCCGAGCAAUGCAGCAUCAAGCCUUCCGCAAAGGCGGGGAAGUUGCCGGUUUAGAAGUCCUCGGCGCCACCAUGUAUACGUGUGUCGUGUGGGUCGUGAACUGCCAAAUGGCAUUAUCGAUCACUUAUUUUACAUACAUUCAACAUCUCUUCAUAUGGGGUGGCAUAAUAUUGUGGUAUAUCUUCCUCAUGGCAUACGGAGCCAUGGACCCGAACAUAUCGACUACUGCCUACAAGGUCUUUAUUGAAGCCUGUGCGCCUGCAGGGUCGUUUUGGCUUCUUACACUCCUCGUGCUGGUAACCUCACUUCUCCCAUAUUUCGCUUAUUCGGCCAUCCAAAUCCGAUUUUUCCCCAUGUACCAUCAGAUGAUACAGUGGAUUCGAUCCGAUGGGCAAUCCGACGACCCCGAGUACUGUCACAUAGUGCGACAGAGAUCGUUACGCCACACUACAGUUGGUUAUACUGCACGGUUUGAAGCAAAAUCGAGAAGCUCAGAAGAGAGAGGUGAAGGUCAUCGAUGAUCGCCUUUUUUUCCCACUAUUUUCGACCAAAAGAUGGUCUGUAUAUUAUGCUGCUAGGAUUUCUUUCAAAUGUACAUAUUUAAACACCAAGAAAAAAGUUGUUUCUUGUCAAGAAAGUUAUGUCUGUAAGAUGUUCUUACCAACUUACGAUGCAGUCUCGAAUCCGACAUUAUGGUUCGAAUUUAGAACCAUCAUUUUUGUG